AUGAAAUUCUCCCUGAGCAGUUAUGGCCUAGCGGGCAUUUUGCUGCCAGCAGCUAUCGCCGGCAGGGCAACUUCUCCAGACGUCUAUCCAACCCCCCAAGGUAAAGGCAGAGGACAGUGGGCCGCGGCGUACGAGAGCGCCCGCGCCUUGGUUGGCCGCAUGACGCUGGACGAAAAGGUCAACAUCACCCGUGGCUUCAAGGCGGACAACAUUUGCGCCGGCACCACAGGCUCCGUCCCGCGCCUCAACUGGCCUGGCAUGUGUCUUCAUGAUGCUGGCAACGGCGUCAGGGCGGCAGAGCUCGUCAACGCGUACCCCUCGGCGCUUCAUUCGGGCGCAAGCUGGGACAGAAAUCUCACGUACCAGCGCGGCUUCCAUAUGGGAGGCGAAUUUAAAGGCAAAGGCAUCAAUGUCGCCCUUGGUCCCAACGCUGGGCCGUUGGGACGUACACCUCUUGGUGGUAGAAACUGGGAAGGCUUUUCUGUUGAUCCUUAUCUGUCUGGCCAACUCAACGCCGAAACUAUUACUGGCAUUCAAAGAGCCGGUGUCGUUGCCAACAUCAAGCACUUCAUUGCGAAUGAGCAGGAAACCUUUCGUCGUCCGUACUUUGGAGUUGAAGCUGCGUCCUCCAACGUGGACGACAAGACAUUACAUGAAUACUACAUGUGGCCCUUUAUGGAUGGUGUCCAUGCAGGCGUCGCAUCUGUCAUGUGCUCAUACAACCGCAUCAACAAUACAUACGGCUGCGAAAAUAGCAAGCUCAUGAACGGCCUGCUCAAGGGCGAGCUAGCCUUUGACGGUUUCAUCCUGCUGGACUGGAACGCCCAGCACAACCUUAACAGCGCCAAUGCCGGCCUCGACAUGCUCAUGCCCAUGGGUGGGAGCUGGGGUCAGAACCUGACCGACGCGGUCCACAACGGCACGGUCUCUGAGAAACGUGUGACGGACAUGGCCACGCGAAUCGUCGCAUCGUGGUAUCUCGUCGGCCAGGAUAACUUUCCCCAGCCUGGUAUCGGAAUGAAGAACCUCAGCAAGCCGCAUGAGCUGGUCGAUGCCCGCAACCCCGCCUCCAAGCCUGUCGUUCUAGAAGGCGCCAUUGCCGGCCAUGUUUUGCUCAAGAACACCAACAACGCACUACCUUUUAAAGGAAAACAGAAAAUGCUGUCUGUCUUUGGCUACGAUGCUGCCUUACCAGAGACGAAGAACAUUGACGUGCUCUUUGAGCUUGGAUAUUACUCUUCGCCAGAGAUGGCCCUGACUGAAUUGGGCACGGAAGCACACUUUGACCAAGCUGCUCGCGGAGGCACCAUCAUCAGUGGUGGUCGUGCCGCUGCCACGGCGCCUUCAUAUAUUAUCGAUCCAUUAAACGCCAUUCAGCAGCGUGCGGUUGACGACGACACCUGGGUCAACUGGGACACCAAAUCGUUUGACCCUCCCGUCAACCCAGCCUCCAACGCUUGCCUCGUCUUCAUCAACGCCAUAUCUACCGAGGGAUGGGAUCGAGAUGGUCUGCACGACGACUUUAGUGACGGCCUUGUACGCAACGUCGCGUCCAAGUGCGCCAACACCGUCGUCGUCGUGCACGCGUCCGGCAUCCGCCUCGUUGAUCAGUGGAUCGAGCAUCCAAACGUCACCGCCGCUAUUGUCGCCCACGUGCCCGGCCAGGACAGUGGCCGCGCCAUUGUCAAGCUGCUCUACGGCGAGGCGGGCUUCUCGGGCAAGCUUCCUUAUACCAUUGCCAAGAAUGAAUCCGACUAUGCCGUAUACAAGCCCUGCGGCCUCACCCACAAGGGCGACACGGACCCCCAAUGCGACUAUACCGAAGGCCAGUAUCUAGACUACCGCGCGUUUGAUGACAAGAACAUUACGCCGCGCUUCGAAUUUGGCUACGGCCUAAGCUACACCGCCUUCAACUACUCGUCUAUCUUCAUCUCCGCGCACGGUGUGCGCAAAUGCGCCAGCACUCGUCUAGACCAGCUGUUUGAAGUCGUCGCCACUGUGCAAGCCAGUGUCAUCAACUCUGGCCCAGUCGCCGGUCAAGAGAUUGCCCAGCUUUACUUGGGCAUUCCCGGAGCGCCGCCAAAGCAGCUUCGCGGCUUCGAGAAGCUCGGCCUUGCGCCCGGCGAGUCUGGCAAGGUGACGUUUGAGCUGACCAAGCGAGACUUGAGUCAGUGGGAUGUUGUGCUGCAGAAAUGGGUGUUGCAACCUGGUACCUACAAAAUAUACGUAGGUGCUAGUAGCAGAGACAUUCGCCUUACUGGCGAUAUUGUGGUCAGCACAUAA